UGCGCAUGCGCCAGCUGAACAGGAAGUGUUAACAUUUUUCUUUUACCAGCUGAUAUAGCCAAAUUGUCAACAGUCAAACCUGCGAUACCUGCGCCGCUGAAACGACACUAAACAAGGUAAAACAAGGAGCGAAGAGAGGUCAAGACACCAUCAGCGAGGCUCGACUUCACUCUGGAACGGAAGUGCAAGUGACUGACAUCCCAGAAGCACCCGUCUCCAGCCCAGGGAGGAGGCCCAGCCCACCUGCCGUCUCCUACGAGGGCCAGUAUGAGCUCCAGAGGGAGUGGAGGCCGCUCCAACGGCACACUACCGCAGACCAAGAUCUGCCAGUUCAAGCUGGUGCUGCUGGGAGACAUGGCUGUGGGCAAGUCCAGCCUGGUGCUGCGAUUCGUCAAGGGACAGUUCGAUGAGUUCCAGGAGACGACCAUAGGAGCUGCGUUCCUGGCUCAGUCGGUGUGUCUAGACGACACCACAGUGAAGUUUGAGAUCUGGGACACUGCAGGACAGGAGCGAUACCACAGCCUGGCUCCGAUGUACUACCGUGGUGCUCAGGCGGCCAUUGUUGUCUUUGACAUCACCAAGCCGGAGACCUUUGAGAGAGCCAAGGCCUGGGUGAAGGAGCUGCAGAGGCAGGCCAGUCCCAACAUUGUUAUUGCCCUGGCCGGGAACAAGGCUGACCUGGCAGAGAGGAGACUAGUAGAGUACGAGGAGGCCCAGACGUAUGCUGAAGACACUGGCCUGCUUUUUAUGGAGACCUCUGCUAAGACAGCCAUGAACGUCAAUGAGCUCUUCCUGGCCAUUGCAAAAAAGAUGCCAAAAACAGACACCCAAAACCCUACACAUGCAGCGCGACACCGGGGAGUCAACCUCCAGGACCCAGAUGCCCACUCCACCCGAGCCUGCUGCGGUGGGAACUAAACCUCCGCAAGUCCCACCAGUAUUCCACCAUCCACACCACCACAGCCCUUCAACCAUCCUGUCUCCUUCAACCAACUUACAGGGGUGGGCCUGAUGCGGGGAGACCCAGUGUCCACUCACCCUCUUACCCUCCACUCAUCCUCCUGUCAAAGCAGACAGAAAUUCAGAGACAGAAAUUCAAAGGAGAGAAUAAGAGGAAAGGAAGAGCGAGCACAGAUGGAGGAGACGUGUCACACCUGCGUCUCUUGACCAACAACUGAGAUUCUGCGUUUGGAAAGAACGAGGGAGGUAAACUGAGAUUGAGAGGAGGAAAAUAAAGAAUGUGGAAGACAGUGGCGAGCCUGUUGUAGUAUUUAGCACUAAUUG